AUAAAAAAAUUAAUGUAAAUAUAUCUCUAAAAGUUAGAAGGCACGGGGAAGAUAUUUUUGUGAAAUUCCCAACUUCAAAUCACCAAACUUGAAAGUUGGAAUAGCAGAUCAAGAGAAAAUCACUUCUUCCGUCUCGGUGUAUUCAUAUUUACACAUUGAACAGGCUAUUGAAAGGGAAAGUCCAAAUGCUGAAGAGUUGAAGAGAGACCAUCAUCAUCUUGCAAUAGUCGUAUAGUAAAAUUCCAUAUUGGCUCAUGCAUACAUGUAUAUUGUAUCUGAAAUCUACUUAAAAAAGUACAAACAUCGUUAAUAAACUGCCGCCAUUAACAUCGAGAGGUCGGUCGGCGGAGGAGUUGUCGGGGCCACACAAGAAGUAAACAAAUAGAACUCGCUAGGAUUCCAGGAUUUCGGCGUCCAAGGAUCGGACAUGAGCAACUAUGAAAGGAAGAAGGCCACGCCCUGUGCUGGUUGCAUGAAAGCCAUUAAGUGGAUUCCUGUUAUCUUCAUAGCGUCUGUUAUAGCGUGGUCUUAUUAUGCCUAUGUCGUUGAGCUAUGUGUUCUGUCCAUAGAGAGUAUUUUUGAAAAAGUUAUAUUUUUAUUAUUCUAUCACAUUAUAUCGCUGCUUUUCUUUUGGUCUUAUUGGAAUACUGUGUUCACACCAGUUGGCACUGUGCCCUCAAAUUGGCGAAUACCAGAAGCGGAAAUUGAAAGACUUUUUAGAGCAGAAAAUCAAGAACAACAAAAACGAGUAUUGGAGUACUGUGCACGAGAUUUGCCCGUAACAAAUCGCACUCUAAAUGGAUCUGUCCGAUUUUGUGACAAAUGCCGGAUAAUCAAGCCCGAUCGAUGCCAUCAUUGCAGUGUUUGCGGGACUUGUGUUCUGAAGAUGGACCACCACUGUCCAUGGGUUAAUAAUUGCGUCAAUUUCACUAAUUAUAAAUUCUUUGUCCUCUUUCUGGGCUAUGCAUUAUUAUACUGCCUAUACGUAGCCCUAACAUCAUUGGAAUAUUUUAUACGUUUUUGGAAGGGUGAACUGUCCUCUGGUGGUAUGGGUCGUUUUCACAUCCUUUUCCUGUUCUUUGUAUCUGUGAUGUUUGCCAUUAGUUUGGUUAGCCUGUUCGGUUACCAUAUUUACCUUGUUCUAAUGAACAGAACUACACUCGAGGCAUUUCGCGCACCUAUAUUUCGGGUUGGUGGUGCUGACAAGAAUGGCUUCAAUUUGGGCAAACUCGCCAACUUUCAGGAAGUUUUUGGUGACAAUUGGAAGCUUUGGUUCAUUCCCGUCUAUUCGAGUUUCGGCGAUGGCUUCAGCUACCCAAUGCGAAACUUGGAGGAGGAUGCCGAAUCACUUCUUGGCCAUUCGGACACUCGCAUCGAAAUGGAGGAGGAUGUGUUUCCGGAAACACGUUUCCACGAUAGCAUAAUACCAUAGUUAAUACUAACGGAAGAUAACGUGGCCACUUACUACAUUUAGUCGAAAUUGUUGUGGUAUCAAGAUCCCAUUUUGGAAUAUGUGUAUGGGAGCAGUUAUUAUUGAACUUUCUGUAAGAUACAUCUUCUGAAAAAUAGCGUUAAAACAGUUCCUCCCAUCCACAAAACAUAAAAAUGACAAUUUUUUUCCAUGACUACCCAUGACUGCCCGUUUGCGUCGUUUCAUUCCCACACGCUCACUUCUAGGAUGGAAUUCAAUGUACCGGUUUUUCUUAUAGAAAAACUUUUACGAUUCGUUUGUUGUAGUAAUUGUGUAAAUGUAUAAGCAGAUCAAACUACUAGAUGGCAUUCGAAGAGAAACAAAUAGGCUUAAUUAAAGACAAACCAUCUUUGUAUGUAUUAAUUAGAUUUGUUAUAUGUUGUGUAGUGGAGAACUUUGUGUGGUAUGCCAGUGUUGUUUUUUGGCAAAAGCUGUUCAAAAGGAUAAACUGCGCACUAACUUAAUGCGGAUAUUUGCAGAAACUCCAGCUUUUCCAAAAUUUAACCGCAGCUGGGAAGAUGGCGAAUAGACGUAAGUUUCGACUAUGUAUGUACAUAUAAUUUGGUAUAAGGCAAUUUAAGUAUUCAAUAUUGUAAUAAGUGUAAAUAAAGAACAAUUGUAGAAUGUUACUUUUUUGAUAGGAACGAAGCGAUUAUUCGUACGCAUUUAUGCCAUAGGUUUAAGAAAACUUGGUUCGUAAUCCAUGAAAUCUUUGUUAUUUGUUAUUGGUGAUCAAAGAUAUGGGCAUGAAAUCGUGUUAAUUAGAACAAUUGUCAUUUGAGUAAAUUUAAGAAAAAAAAUAUAUAUAUAUAUAUCGAAAAAUACACGAAAAACGUAUAAUUCAUACAUUAACAACUAUUCCAUUUCCUGAAUGAUUUCGCACCUCAAACCACAAAAAGGCUUUCAAACACUAAAGGUCACAAACCGAAGGACGAUUACUUUACUGUACUUUGACUGUCUACCGAUGGCUAUACCUAAAUAUUAUUUUAUUUAUUCAGAACAAGCCAUAUUAUUUUAUACUAAUAAAAACCAAUAAAAAUUCAAUGGAAUAAUUUAAA